CUUCUAUAGUUCGUCAUCACUUGUGUGACAGUUCAUCCUAGAGCGGGGGUCGGCCGAUCACCCGCUCAAGAUUUUAAAGAUUUUGCGAUACCGAUUACGGCGGGAUGGGUGACUCCUUGGACGGCUCCGGGGAACCGUCCCCGGAGUCUCAGAUCGUUACAGUCGUAGGAUAUUGGGAUUUCGCUAAUUAUUUAAAAAAGGUUGUACUGGUACUUCUACCUGACGAAGAUGUGGUACCACCCGCGUUCGUUUCUGCCCUCGACGACAAGACCAAUCAAGAGUGUAUAAAAAAAUUUUUGAAUGAUUCCCAAGUGUGGGCGCUUUACAUACAAAGGAAUUCCAGUAAAGAGGAAGAUACCAAUGAAACAGAUGAAGAAAAAGAGAAUUCUGUUUUCUAUAUAUCAAAUGAGAUACAUUUUACUAGUCCUAAAAUGGCCUCCUUAGUUAUAACUAAACGUGGAGCGAUAAUCGAAGCUGAUAAGAGUAUUCAUUCGCAAGUGCGUCUAGUAACCUUCUCGGAUGGACCACCUUACGAAACAUUGCAUGCUAUAAGCAAAACUAUGGCUCCAUAUUUUAAAAGCUAUGUAAAAGAAACUGGUCGCGCGGACCGAGACGGCGAUAAAAUGGCACCGACCGUCGAAAAGAAAAUAGCAGAACUUGAAAUGGGUUUACUACAUUUACAACAAAAUAUAGAUAUUCCUGAAAUUUCGCUUCAAAUUCAUCCAGUUGUCGCACAAGUAAUUAAACAAUGCGCGGAAGAAAAUCGUAAGCCCAAAGUUGCCGAUUUCGGCGAUAAAGUUGAAGAUUCAACAUUCCUGAACUUACUACAAAAUGGUGUAAAUAGAUGGAUAAAGGAAAUUCAAAAGGUCACUAAACUAAAUCGCGAUCCAGAAUCGGGCACUGCUCUCCAAGAGAUUUCGUUCUGGUUAAAUCUGGAAAGAGCAUUGCACCGGAUACAAGAGAAACGAGAGAGUAUAGAGAUUUCUUUAACUUUGGAUAUACUCAAACAUGGGAAGAGGUUCCACGCGACCGUUAGUUUUGAUACAGAUACCGGUCUGCAACAAGCGUUAGCCACCGUCAAUGACUACAAUCCACUGAUGAAGGACUUCCCAAUUAACGAUUUACUAUCGGCUACAGAACUUGAAAGAAUACGAAUUAGCAUUCAGCAGAUUUUUAUGCAUCUACGGAAAAUUAGAAGCACAAAAUACCCUACUCAGAGAGCAUUAAAGUUGAUAGAAGCCAUCUCCAGAGAUCUAGGACAGCAACUUCUAAAAGUGUUGGGUACAAGAAGGUUAAUGCACAUUCCAUUUGAUGAGUUUGAAAAAGUUAUGGGACAGUGUUUCGAAGUAUUUAAUACGUGGGACGACGAAUACGAAAAGUUAACUGGACUAUUAAGAGACAUUAUGAAGAAGAAACGCGACGAACACAUGAAAAUGGUAUGGAGAAUUUCGCCGAUGCACAAAAAGUUAGAAGCUAGAAUGGAACACAUGCGACAAUUCCGUCGACAUCACGAGCAACUCAGGACAGUUAUCGUUCGAGUACUUAGACCUACGGUUCAUCAAAAUAAUAGUAACGCCACGUUGGAAAAUUCUGAUAACGAUAAGGUUGAAUUUGCUUUAAAUGCGGCAGAUGCAAACGCCAUCAACGAAGUAAAUUUGGCAUACGAGAACGUGAAAGAAAUCGAUUGCCUUGAUAUUACCAAAGAGGGUCUUGACUCCUGGAAAGCUGCUGUUCAUAGGUACGAAGAACGAAUCGAAAGAGUUGAAGCACGAAUCACGGCUCACCUCAGAGAUCAAUUAGGUACUGCGAAGAAUGCAAACGAAAUGUUUAGAAUCUUUUCACGCUUUAAUGCGCUUUUCGUGAGACCGCAUAUUCGGGGAGCUAUUAGGGAAUACCAGACACAGUUAAUACAAAGAGUGAAAGACGAUAUCGAAGCUUUACACGAAAAGUUUAAGGUUCAAUAUGGACAAAGUAAAUGCUGUAACAUGAGUAUAGUUAGAGAUUUGCCUCCCGUCGCCGGAUCCAUUAUUUGGGUUAAACAAAUAGAUUACCAGCUCACAAUGUACUUAAAACGGGUUGAAGAUGUAUUAGGAAAAGGAUGGGAAAGUUAUGUCGAAGGUCAAAAAUUAAAGGCGGAUGGAGACAGUUUUCGUAUGAAACUGUCUACUCAAGAGAUAUUUAAUGAGUGGGCACGGAAAGUACAACAAAGAAAUUUCGGUGUUACCGGAAGGAUUUUUACGAUAGACAAUGUACGAUCACGAACGGCACGAGGCAACGUAUUGAAAUUGAAAGUGAAUUUUCUUCCUGAAAUUAUCACGUUAUCGAAGGAAGUGAGGAACUUAAGGAACCUCGGUUUUCGUGUACCUUUACCAAUUGUGAAUAAAGCGCAUCAAGCCAAUCAGCUGUAUCCAUUUGCAAUUAGCUUGAUCGACAGCAUCAGAACUUACGAGAGAACACUUGAGAAGCUUACCAAUCGGAGCCCCCACUGCCCCGCAUUGAAGAUCGAAGAUAAAGCCAGUAUCGUACCUUUGGUCGCAGGAAUGCGCAACGAUGUUUUAACGCUUAUUUCCGAGGGAAUUGCACUGAUUUGGGAAAGUUACAAAUUGGACCCGUACGUGCAACGUCUUUCCGAUGUUGUCGUUUCGUUUCAAGAGAAAGUCGAAGAUCUUGUGGUGGUUGAAGAACAACUGGACGUGGAUGUUCGUUCUCUUGAAACGUGUCCAUAUUCAGCGAACACCUUUGCCGAUAUACUUUCGAAGAUUCAGAAAGCUGUGGACGAGCUGUCUUUGAAAAACUAUUCGAACUUGAAUAUUUGGGUAUCCAGACUCGACGAGGAAGUAGAAAAGAAUUUAGCCGCCAGAUUAGAAGCUGGAAUAAAGGCAUGGACUGAUGCGCUUACUGGUCAAAAGAAGGAAGUGGAUUUGAGCAUGGACACCGAUGCACCCUCCCAACCUACACACAAACCUGGUGGCGAUCCUAAGAUCCAGAAUCAAAUUCAUGAAGUGCGCAUAACGAAUCAGACAAUGUAUUUGUAUCCAAGUAUCGAGGACGCGAGAUUCCAAAUAAUGCAACAACUAUUUGCGUGGCAAGCGAUCGUCACAUCGCAAAUGCGACUUCAAAGUUCGAGGUAUCAAGUAGGUUUAGACAAACCUGAAUCGGGUACCUAUAGGAAUCUGCUCACGAAAUUGCCCAAUGGGAAGCAACCCUUGGAAGCAGCUUACAAUGCUGUCGAAUCUAAAAUGAAAGAUGUUGCCGAUUACGUGGAUCAAUGGUUACGUUACCAGGCGCUCUGGGAUCUUCAGCCAGAUAAUUUAUAUGGAAAAUUGGGCGAAAAUAUAAACUUGUGGAUGAAAUGUUUGAACGAUAUUAAGAAGACUAGAACUACGUUCGAUACAUCUGACACGCGACGUGAAUUUGGUCCUGUGAUAAUUGAUUACGCGAAGGUACAAAGUAAAGUAUCUUUGAAAUACGAUUCAUGGCACAAAGAGACGUUAGGUAAAUUCGGAACACUUCUCGCUAAUGAAAUGGCAAGCUUUCAUUCCCAUGUAUCAAAGUCCAGAAGCGAUUUGGAACAACAAUCCAUCGAAGCUGCUAGCACAUCCGACGCAGUUGGACUUAUAACUUAUGUCCAAUCUUUGAAACGCAAAAUGAAAGCAUGGGAGAAACAAGUUGAUGUAUAUCGCGAAAGCCAGAGAAUAUUGGAGCGUCAAAGGUUUCAGUUUCCAUCCUCGUGGUUGCACGUGGAUAACAUAGAGGGUGAAUGGGGAGCGUUCAACGAAAUACUAAAGAGAAAAGACACGAGCAUACAAACACAGGUCGCGUCAUUGCAAAUGAAGAUUGUCGCAGAAGAUAAAGCGGUUGAAAUAAGAACUACCGAUUUCCUGAACGAUUGGGAAAGAGGUAAACCAGUCGAGGGUCAUUUACGGCCAGAUGAUGCAUUGCAACAAUUGCAGCUAUUCGAAAGUAAAUUUGCUCGAUUAAAAGAAGAAAGGGAUAAUGUAGCAAAGGCUAAAGAAGCUUUAGAAUUACAAGAACCGGGAGGAGUGUCCACCAGCGAGGAUAGAAUGCAAGUAGUGUUCGAGGAGCUCCAAGACUUGAGAGGAGUUUGGUCAGAAUUGUCGAAGAUAUGGACACAGAUCGAUGAAACUCGAGAGAAACCCUGGUUGUCCGUUCAACCACGAAAAUUGCGUCAACAAUUGGACACGAUGAUGGCACAAUUGAAAGAACUACCAGCUAGGCUCAGACAGUACUCUUCGUAUGAAUACGUCAAGAAGAUGCUGCAAAGUUACACGAAAGUUAAUAUGUUAAUCGUCGAAUUGAAAUCUGAUGCUUUGAAAGAGAGGCACUGGAAACAGUUAACGAAGCAGCUUCGCGUCAAUUGGGUGUUAAGCGAACUCACUCUUGGCCAAGUUUGGGAUGUAAAUCUGCAGAAAAACGAAGGAAUAGUCAAAGACAUUAUUCUGGUUGCACAGGGUGAAAUGGCGCUAGAAGAAUUUUUGAAACAAGUCCGAGAAUCCUGGCAAACAUAUGAAUUGGAUUUAAUAAAUUACCAAAAUAAAUGUAAAUUAAUUCGCGGUUGGGAUGACCUCUUUAACAAGGUCAAAGAACACAUCAAUUCGGUAGCUGCUAUGAAACUGUCGCCUUACUAUAAGGUAUUCGAGGAAGAAGCGUUGACUUGGGAAGAGAAACUCAAUAGAAUCAACGCAUUAUUCGAUGUCUGGAUAGACGUUCAGAGACGUUGGGUUUACUUGGAAGGUAUCUUCUCAGGCAGUGCCGACAUCAAAACAUUAUUGCCCGUCGAGACGUCUCGUUUCCAGAGUAUCAGCUCCGAGUUUCUUGGUUUGAUGAAGAAAGUAUCGAAAUCUCCUAUGGUCAUGGACGUUCUCAAUAUUCCUGGCGUGCAAAGGGCACUCGAACGGUUAGCUGAUUUGCUUGGGAAAAUACAGAAAGCUUUGGGAGAAUAUCUCGAAAGAGAACGCACGUCAUUCCCGCGAUUUUAUUUCGUGGGCGACGAAGACUUGUUGGAGAUCAUCGGUAACAGUAAAAACAUCGCGAGGUUACAAAAGCAUUUCAAAAAGAUGUUUGCCGGCGUGGCAGCCAUACUCUUAAACGAAGACAACACCGUUAUUACCGGCAUAGCAUCUCGUGAAGGAGAGGAAGUGUUGUUCCAGAAUCCAGUGUCUACUGUCGACCACCCUAAAAUUAACGAGUGGUUGAGCCUCGUAGAAAAAGAGAUGAGAGUUACGUUGGCUUCGAGUCUUGCGAGAGCAGUACAAGACAUCAAACAAUUCAAAGACGGCAAUAUCAAUGCACAAGCGUUCAUGACAUGGUGCGAUUACUACCAAGCUCAAAUCAUUGUUCUAGCUGCCCAAAUUUUAUGGUCAGAGGACGUUGAAGCAGCUUUGCACGAAUCGCAAAGCGAUCCGAGUAAGAACCCCUUGGAAAGAGUAUUGCUCCAAGUCGAGAAUACGUUGAAUGUUUUAGCGGAUUCUGUUCUUCAAGAGCAGCCUGCUUUGAGGCGAAAAAAGCUGGAACAUUUAAUCAACGAGUUUGUGCACAAACGCACAGUAACCAGGAGAUUGAUCGCUAACAACAUUACUAAUCCAAAGGCAUUUGAAUGGUUGUGCGAAAUGAGAUUCUAUUUUGAUCCUAGACAAACCGAAGUUCUGCAACAGCUUACGAUACACAUGGCAAAUGCUAAAUUCUUUUACGGAUUUGAAUACUUGGGAGUACAAGAUAGAUUGGUUCAGACACCUCUGACAGACAGGUGUUACUUAACGAUGACUCAAGCUUUAGAAGCACGUCUCGGAGGUUCUCCGUUUGGACCGGCGGGAACAGGAAAAACUGAGUCGGUGAAAGCUUUGGGACAUCAGCUUGGAAGAUUUGUAUUGGUGUUCAAUUGCGACGAGACCUUCGAUUUUCAAGCUAUGGGUCGUAUCUUUGUUGGUCUUUGUCAAGUCGGUGCGUGGGGUUGUUUCGACGAAUUCAAUCGUUUAGAAGAGCGUAUGCUCUCAGCUGUUUCUCAACAAGUACAAACUAUUCAAGAAGCAUUGAAAAGUCAGAUGGAAGGGAAAAAAGAAGGAAUGCUUUGCGUAGAAUUGGUUGGCAAACAAGUCAAGGUAUCCACGGACAUGGCUAUCUUUAUUACAAUGAAUCCAGGCUACGCGGGACGAUCAAAUCUUCCUGAUAACUUGAAGAAACUCUUCAGAUCAUUGGCGAUGACUACACCGGAUAGGCAAUUGAUAGCCGAGGUCAUGCUUUUCAGUCAAGGAUUCAGAUCGGCUGAAAAAUUAGCGUGCAAAAUUGUACCGUUCUUCAAGUUAUGCGAUGAACAACUAUCUAAUCAAUCCCAUUACGAUUUUGGUCUUCGAGCACUGAAAUCUGUGCUCAUUUCCGCUGGAAAUGUUAAACGCGAUCGCAUUCAGAAAAUCAAGGAAGGCAUGCACAGUCGCGGCGAAACGAAUAUCGACGAGGCCUCGAUCGCUGAAAAUUUGCCAGAGCAAGAAAUUCUUAUCCAAUCCGUUUGCGAAACGAUGGUACCGAAAUUGGUCGCCGAAGAUAUUCCGUUGCUGUUUAGUUUACUGAACGAUGUAUUCCCGAAUGUAAAUUACACGCGUGCUGAAAUGAAAGGAUUGAAAGAUCAGAUCAGGAAGGUGUGUAUGGAAGAGUAUCUCGUAUGCGGCGAAGGCGACGAGCAAGGAGGAGCUUGGCAAGAAAAGGAAAUGGUCGGUGUGACCUGGCUAGGAAAGGUACUUCAACUGUAUCAAAUCUGCAACCUGAAUCACGGACUGAUGAUGGUCGGGCCCAGUGGUUCUGGAAAGACGAUGGCGUGGAAGGUGCUCUUAAAAGCUUUGGAAAGAUUCGAAGGAGUGGAAGGCGUUGCUCACGUGAUCGAUCCUAAAGCAAUCAGCAAAGAAAUGUUAUACGGUGUGUUGGAUCCGAACACACGCGAAUGGACGGAUGGUCUCUUCACGCAUAUUCUCAGAAAAAUUAUCGACAAUGUAAGAGGAGAAAUUAAUAAGAGACAGUGGAUUAUAUUCGACGGCGACGUGGAUCCAGAAUGGGUCGAGAAUUUGAAUUCCGUACUGGACGACAAUAAACUGCUCACGCUACCAAACGGCGAACGUUUGAGCUUACCACCAAAUGUAAGAGUUAUGUUUGAAGUUCAAGAUCUAAAAUACGCCACGUUAGCUACUGUCUCCCGUUGCGGUAUGGUUUGGUUCUCCGAAGAUGUGCUUUCCACGGAAAUGAUAUUCGAACACUACAUGUUACGUUUGAGACACAUUCCACUCGAGGAUGGAGAAGAAGACAAUCUAAGCAAAAAGACAUCUGAUAAAGAGGAUACUGUGUCACCUGCGUUGUCAGUGCAGAGAGAAGUUGCUAGUAUUUUACAGAGCUACUUUGCUCCAGAUGGAUUAGUAGUGAGAUGCUUGGAAUAUGCCAUGAAACAGGAACACAUAAUGGACUUUACGCGUUUGCGAGCGUUGAGCUCUUUAUUCUCCAUGUUAAACCAAUCUGUGCGCAAUGUUCUGCAAUACAAUCAUUCUCACACAGAUUUUCCUUUGCCGAGUGAGCAACUCGAGCGUUACAUGCCAAAGUGUUUAGUAUACGCUUUACUAUGGAGCUUUGCAGGAGACGCAAAGCUGAAAGUUAGAUCCGACUCAGGAGAUUUUGUUAGAUCCAUCACAACCGUACCUCUGCCAACGCAAAGUAAUAUUCCUAUUAUUGACUUCGAAGUCAGCAUUCAUGGUGAAUGGUUGCCUUGGAGUAACAAGGUGCCCCAGAUCGAAGUGGAAACCCACAAGGUCGCUAGUCCAGACAUUGUAGUACCAACUCUGGACACUGUCAGGCACGAAAGUCUACUUUACACGUGGCUGGCGGAGCACAAACCACUAGUGCUCUGUGGACCACCGGGUUCUGGUAAAACCAUGACGCUUUUCUCUGCCCUGCGAGCGUUGCCUGAUAUGGAAGUCGUUGGUCUUAACUUUUCAUCGGCUACUACUCCCGAGUUACUGCUCAAAACAUUUGAUCACUACUGCGAAUAUCGUAAAACCCCGAAUGGCGUUGUACUAUCUCCAGUGCAAUUAGGCAAAUGGCUGGUUCUGUUCUGCGACGAGAUCAAUUUACCUGAUAUGGAUAAUUAUGGAACGCAACGUGUAAUCUCGUUCUUGAGACAAUUGGUAGAGCACAGGGGUUUCUAUCGAACUAGCGAUCAAGCAUGGGUUACUUUGGAAAGAAUUCAGUUUGUCGGUGCUUGCAAUCCACCAACAGACCCCGGUAGGAAACCUCUGAGCCAUAGAUUCCUACGACACGUACCAAUCAUUUAUGUCGACUAUCCGGGAGAGACAUCCUUGAAACAAAUCUACGGUACAUUCACUCGUGCUAUGCUUAGGCUAACUCCUUCCUUGAGGGGUUACGCGGAGCCAUUAACAAAUGCCAUGGUAGAGUUCUACCUAGCGUCGCAAGAGAGAUUUACUCAAGACAUGCAACCACAUUACGUUUACUCUCCACGCGAGAUGACUAGAUGGGUGCGCGGUAUCUGCGAAGCGAUCAGACCUCUCGACAAUCUAUCGGUCGAAGGUCUGGUACGUUUAUGGGCUCACGAGGCUCUUCGUCUCUUCCAAGACAGACUGGUGGAAGAUUCUGAGAGAGCUUGGACUAAUAAGAAUAUUGACACCGUUGCCAUGAGACACUUUAUGGGCGUCGACAGAGAAAGAGCAUUAGCCAGGCCUAUUUUGUACAGCAACUGGUUAUCGAAGGAUUACGUGCCAGUCAAUCGACAAGAACUGCGAGAUUACGUUAGGGCAAGAUUGAAAGUAUUCUACGAAGAAGAACUGGACGUGCCUCUGGUACUCUUUGACGAAGUUCUCGAUCACGUUCUACGGAUUGACAGAAUCUUCCGUCAGCCUCAGGGACAUUUGUUACUCAUUGGUGUCUCUGGAGCUGGCAAGACGACUCUGUCUAGAUUCGUUGCGUGGAUGAACGGCUUAUCCAUCUUCCAAAUAAAGGUACACAAUAAAUACACCGGCGAAGAUUUCGACGAAGAUUUACGCCAAGUACUGAGACGUUCUGGUUGUAAGGAUGAAAAGAUAGCGUUCAUUCUCGACGAGUCUAACGUGUUGGAUUCUGGCUUCCUCGAGCGAAUGAAUACGUUGCUUGCGAACGGUGAGGUACCUGGACUGUUCGAAGGUGACGAAUAUACAACGCUGAUGACGCAGUGCAAAGAAGGAGCACAGCGCGAGGGCCUUAUGCUAGAUUCUAAUGAAGAACUGUACAAAUGGUUUACUGGUCAAGUUAUGAAGAAUUUGCACGUGGUGUUCACAAUGAAUCCUAGCACAGAUGGACUCAAAGAUCGAGCCGCGACCUCGCCUGCGUUGUUCAACAGAUGCGUGUUGAAUUGGUUCGGCGAUUGGUCGGACGAUGCGCUCUUCCAAGUCGGAAAGGAAUUCACCAGUCGCGUAGAUUUGGAACGACCCUCGUGGAAAUGUCCAGAUUUCUUCCCAUCUGUUUGCUCGCUGAUUCCGUCGCAACCCUUGCAUAGAGACGCCGUUAUAAACGCUUGCGUUUACGUUCACCAAACGUUGCACAAGGCCAACGCUAGACUGGCAAAACGAGGCAGCAGAACCAUGGCGAUCACACCGCGUCAUUACUUGGACUUCAUCAAUCAUUUCGUGAAAUUGUAUCAGGAGAAGAGGAGCGACUUGGAGGAACAGCAAUUGCAUCUGAACGUCGGUUUAAGUAAAAUCGCGGAAACGGUGGAGCAGGUGGAAGAAAUGCAAAAAAGCUUGGCUAUCAAAUCUCAGGAACUGCAUGCAAAGAAUGAAGCCGCUAACGCGAAAUUGCGACAAAUGGUUAAAGAUCAGCAAGAAGCAGAAAAGAAGAAGGUACAAAGUCAAGAAAUUCAGCAGCAAUUGGCGAUACAGACGGUGACCAUUAAUCAAAAGAGAGACGACGUUAUGGCUGAUUUAGCACAAGUCGAACCAGCUGUCAUCGACGCACAAAACGCUGUGAAAUCGAUAAAGAAACAACAUUUAGUCGAAGUUCGGUCCAUGGCAAAUCCGCCGGCAAUCGUGAAGGUCGCGUUGGAGUCUAUCUGCUUAUUGCUCGGUGAAAAUGCCAGUGAUUGGAAAUCUAUCCGCGCUGUCAUCAUGAGGGACAAUUUUAUCAAUACUAUUGUCUCUAAUUUCAGUACCGAGGACAUUACCGAUGAGGUGAGAGAGAAAAUGAAGAGUCGCUACCUAAGCAAUCCCGACUACAACUUUGAAAAAGUUAAUCGAGCCAGCUUGGCUUGCGGACCUCUCGUCAAAUGGGCUACUGCACAGAUUGAAUAUGCAGACAUGUUGAAACGCGUAGAGCCUCUGAGAGACGAGCUCCACUCGUUGGAACGACAGGCUGAAACGAACAUGCAGAAAGGCGAAGAAGUGAAAAAUUUAAUCGCUCAACUCGAGCAAAGUAUAGCCUCGUACAAGGAAGAAUAUGCUCAGCUAAUUUCUCAAGCUCAAGCUAUCAAAGCUGACUUGGAGAGCGUGCAAGCCAAAGUCGAUCGUUCUAUUGCUUUACUCAAAUCCUUGGUAAUCGAAAGGGAACGAUGGGAAGCGACGAGCGAAACAUUCAAGAGUCAAAUGUCCACGAUAAUCGGAGACGUUCUCUUGUCGUCCGCCUUCCUGGCUUAUGCUGGGUAUUUCGACCAACACUACCGGCAAAAUUUGUUUAGUACUUGGUGUGAACAUCUACAACACGCUAAUCUACAAUUCCGAGCUGAUAUAGCUAGAACGGAAUAUCUCUCUAAUCCCGACGAGCGAUUGAGGUGGCAAGCUAACGCGCUGCCAACAGACGAUCUUUGCAAUGAAAAUGCUAUCAUGCUGAAACGCUUCAACAGAUAUCCGUUGAUCAUCGAUCCAUCUGGACAAGCAACUGAAUUUAUAAUGAAUGAAUUCAAGGAUCGAAAGAUCACCAAGACGAGCUUCUUGGACGACUCGUUUAGGAAGAAUCUUGAGAGCGCUCUUCGUUUUGGCAAUCCCCUAUUGGUGCAAGAUGUCGAAAAUUACGAUCCGAUAUUAAAUCCUGUACUCAACAGAGAAUUAAGAAGGACAGGCGGACGUGUACUCAUCACUCUUGGUGAUCAGGAUAUCGAUCUUUCGCCGUCUUUCGUGAUUUUCUUGUCCACGAGAGACCCAACGGUGGAGUUCCCGCCGGAUAUCUGCUCUCGUGUCACCUUCGUUAACUUCACCGUUACUAGAAGCUCUCUACAGAGUCAGUGUUUGAAUCAAGUCUUGAAAGCCGAGCGACCCGACAUAGACGAAAAGAGAUCCGAUUUGUUGAAGUUGCAAGGUGAAUUCCAUUUGCGACUACGGCAGCUCGAGAAAUCGUUGCUUCAAGCACUGAACGACGCCAAGGGAAAGAUUCUCGACGAUGAUUCUGUGAUAACUACCCUCGAAACAUUGAAACAAGAAGCUGCUGACAUUAGCAAGAAGGUCGAGGAGACGGAUAAAGUGAUAGCAGAAAUUGAAACGGUUUCUCAGCAAUAUAUGCCUUUGUCUCAAGCCUGUUCAAACAUGUACUUCACGAUGGACAGUUUGAAUCAAGUACACUUCUUAUACCAGUAUUCCCUGCAAAUGUUUUUGGACGUUUUCACAUCCGUUUUGUCUCAGAACCCAAGACUGACCAAUAUUACCGAUUAUACUCAGCGGUUGUCCGUUAUUAUCAGCGACUUAUUCUCUGCCUGUUACGAGCGCGUUGGACGUGGAAUGUUGCACACGGAUAGAUUAACAUUUGCAUUGUUAUUGUGCAGAAUACAUUUGAAAGGAAUCGCCACGGAAUCCACGUACGACAGCGAAUUCACGUUCUUCUUGCGGGGCAAAGAAGGCGUUCUAAAUAUUCGAGGACCUCUUGCACCUAAUCUAAGCUCGGAGCAGCAGGAAGCCAUGAUGCGUUUGAGUCUCAGGUUGCCAGCUUUCAAGAAACUGUCCGUGAAGAUUCAAGAGAACGCGGAGUUCAACGCGUGGUUGCAAUCACCGACCCCAGAGACCUGUGUCCCGAAACUUUGGGACGAAGAGAAGCCACUGACUCCUAUAGGAACGUCUAUGCACCAGUUGUUAGUGAUUCAAGCCUUCAGACCUGAUCGCGUAAUAGCCGCUGCGACUCUGGUCGUAACAUCUGCUUUGGGAGAAUCCUUCAUGGCCGCCGCAGAAGCUGAACUCGAUUUUGCUUCGGUUGUGGAGAAUGAACUUAAAGCCACAGUUCCUGCUUUGCUAUGCUCGGUGCCUGGUUUCGACGCCUCCGGUAGGGUUGAUGAUCUGGCUGCCGAGUCUGGCAAACAGAUAGCCAGCAUUGCUAUAGGGUCUUCGGAAGGAUUCAAUCAAGCCGACAGAGCGAUAAACAUGGCUGUUAAAGCUGGUAGAUGGGUAUUAUUGAAGAACGUUCACUUAGCCCCACAAUGGUUGGUGCAACUCGAAAAGAAAUUGCAUAGUCUGCAACCACACGCCAGCUUCAGACUGUUCUUGACCAUGGAGAUCAAUCCUAAAGUACCUGUGAAUCUGCUCAGAGCUGGUAGAAUAUUCGUCUUCGAGCCACCACCUGGCAUCAGAGCAAAUCUGCUACGAACGUUCAGCACUAUACCCGCGUCGAGAAUGAUGAAAGCACCCAACGAAAGAGCUCGUCUCUAUUUCUUGUUAGCGUGGUUCCACGCCAUCGUUCAAGAACGUCUUCGUUAUGCACCAUUAGGAUGGGCCAAACAUUACGAAUUCAACGAAAGCGACUUAAGAGUAGCUUGCGAUACUCUGGAUACGUGGAUAGAGACCACCGCCAUGGGUAGAACUAACUUACCUCCGGAGAAAGUGCCUUGGGAUGCUGUGGUGACGCUACUCUCUCAAUGUAUAUACGGUGGAAAGAUCGACAAUGAUUUCGACCAACGUCUGCUGACGUCGUUCCUUCGAAAACUCUUUACACCGAGGUCCUUCGAAGCAGACUUCGCGCUAGUUGCUAACAUCGAUGCAUCUCAAGCAAGUCAAAGAAAUAUUACCAUGCCUGAUGGUACGAGGCGCGACCAUUUCCUGAAGUGGAUCGAAUCGCUGUCCGAUAGACAAACACCUUCCUGGCUCGGGCUACCCAACAACGCUGAGAAAGUACUGCUCACGACCAGAGGAACAGAUUUGGUGUCGAAGUUGUUGAAGAUGCAGCAAUUGGAAGAUGAAGAUGAAUUGGCGUAUUCGAACGAUGAAUCUUUGAACACGCCUAGAGAAGCGGAGGGUGACGGACGACCGUCGUGGAUGAGAACGUUGCAUAAUUCGGCUUCCACGUGGUUACAGUUGCUUCCAAAGAAUUUGCCAACUUUGAGGAGGACUGUAGAGAACAUAAAGGAUCCGCUUUACCGAUACUUCGAGAGGGAAGUCAACAGUGGCGCUAAAUUGCUCCAAGAUGUGAUUCACGAUUUAGAGGAUGUAGUCUUGAUUUGUCAGGGUAAGAAGAAGCAGACCAACUAUCACAGGACCAUGUUAUCGGAGUUAGUGAAGGGCAUUUUACCUGGUGGUUGGAGACGAUAUACCGUGCCUAGGGGUUGCACUGUAAUACAGUGGAUAACUGAUUUUAGCCAUAGGGUGUCACAGUUGCAGGAAGUUUCACGGCUAGUAUCUCAAGGAGGGGCUAAAGAGAUCAAGAGUUUUCCCGUUUGGCUUGGUGGAUUGCUGAAUCCUGAAGCGUACAUUACGGCAACGAGACAAUGUAUAGCGCAAGCGAACAGUUGGUCACUCGAAGAACUUCAGUUGGAUGUAACCAUAGGAGAUGGUGACAAUAUCGCAACCGACGACUGUUCGUUCGCUGUAACUGGCCUUAAGCUGCAAGGAGCACAAUGCAAGGAUAAUCAGCUUUACUUGACUUCGACCAUAAUGACCGACUUACCAGUUACCAUGUUGAGAUGGAUACGUUCUGCCACCGAGGAAGUUCGUAAGGGCAAACUGUCCUUACCAGUUUACCUGAACAGCACACGUACCGAGUUACUGUUUACCGUCGAUUUAAACAUUGCUCCUAGUCAAGAUCCUCACAGUUUCUACGAGAGAGGAGUCGCCGUUCUUACAUCCACAGCUUUGAAUUAAUAUCUUUAAAACUAGUUAAUUGUAUCGCCUUCGUGAGCAAGUCUCUCGAACGGGGAUCAAUCCCGUAUCAAAAUUGGCGAUACUUAAAAUAACGUUAACGAUAAUAUUACUUUGCAACGACUUAAUUAACACUUAUAAUUCCGAGAUGGACAAAUGAACUCCUCGAAGCUACUACUCUCCGCAUAUAGUGUAAGAUUUUAUGGAGAUAUUUAUUUAUCUGUCCGUUUUCAAUUAUUUAUGAGCUGACCAUUUAAGGAAUACUGAAUUUUAUUCGUUUAGAAUAGUAACUUCUUCGAAUCCUGGGCGACGCUCGCGUAACUUUGUAUUGGAUCUUCGAGGUGGAAACGUUUGUCCAUUACUCCCGACGUAAUAAAUAAAUAUAUCUAUGGUAAAGAAAUUAUUUAACGCAUCAAGAGGUUUUUUCUGCACAUUCUGUAAACGUGUAAUGAAACGAACUGUUCUAUUCGACGAUUAGCAUAAUCGAGGAAGAUGCGAGACAUCUGUCCGAAGGUCGUCGUUUCGAUAACGAGGUUGUAAUAUACAUAGUUUAUUUAGUUUUGUAUACGUUCGAAACUGAAAGACCGCUUUAUGUAACAAAGUUACGUUGCGUUUGCUUAAGUGUAAGUACUAAGGUACUGUAGAAUUUAUAUUAUUUGAAUGGCAUCUAAUAAAUAACUUACUGUGCUAUA